AUGGCGAACAAACGCAAAGCCUCCACGGCCCAGCAGGGCCCGGCGCAUAGCCCAUUUAUCUGUAAUAGUUGGACGAUAACAGAAGAAUCGCUUCCUCCUCCUCCAGCCGAUCCAUUCGAAGACUACUCGCCACGAGACAUGACUGGGUGUCCACCUUGGUUUGGUCACGCAGAGGAGAGAGAGGAUGGAGAGAAUGAAGGGCGCCUAGCAAAACGAGUCAGAAUUGCAGAUGAUGGUUGCCGUUAUGAGGGGCCUGUCAUAAGUUCAGACAAUAAUGCUCCUGUCUCAGCUGCUUCGACAGACCAUUCCAUUGCUCAGAAUGACAUGGCCGAGUCGGAGGUGCGAAUCAGUCAGAAGAACCAAAUUUCUGCUGCGCUUGCUUCACAAAAAUCGUCACGGAACUCUCGUCACAGAACAGGGGAUCCAAAGAAGCGGAAGAGAGCAAAGAGAGCAAAGAGCUUCGAUGAAGGUGAUCGUAAUUAUGUCGAUGACGAUGACAGCGAAGACAGCGACGAGGAUGACAUGCCCGGUGCCAUACACAGAUCCGAGCGCGACGACGUAGUGUUUAUCUUGAGUCGGCAGAAAGCGAAACGCAUGGCCAAAGCAGUCAAGAUUCCCAAGAACGCUCAGAUGGGAGAUGAAGAGAAAGCGCUGUAUCUUGAUCUAGCCACUCGUGGCUGCUUUCCACUCUUCCCACCGAUUUGGAAGAGGGACUUCACCACGCUGCCCGAUUCACUUUUUCCGAGUACAGAAAGCGAGCUCGACAACAAUGACUUUGCAUUCACUGUCCAUGCAAGGCCAAGAUUUCACGCCAUUCGUGCCUUUCACGCCCUUCUCCGAGCUCCAGGCCACGUACGAGAUUGUCGGAUCCUCACCGUGCGUCCUCAGGAUGUCGCUCGAAAAGCAAUCAAAAAGUACCUUCGCUGGGCCAUUGCUGAUGCCGGCCUGACAGAAACCCGCGAGACAAAGUCCGCCUACGCCGUGACGACUCAGCGGCCCGGAGAAAAGACGCUAUCUGUUGUUCAGCGAGCUACUGAGAAAAUGGAAUAUCUGGGUCGAGAGCAUCAGAGAAUGUUUGCAAAUGUCGAAAAUCCAUACUGGCCGACUUUGAUAGGAUUCUGCAUUUGCGGCCCCAUUGUCGUGAUACUUUCGGUGGACACUGAUCCUAGUUCUCCGAUCUGGGAACCCGAGCGAGACUCUCAUGUGAAGUACAUGGGCCAGUUUGACAUGUCCAAAGAUAGUCAGGACGUGUGGAAUGCUCUUGCUGUGGCAAUUGCCGUCAUUCAUAUUCGGCGCACAAUGAUACGACUCGCGACUCGCUACCCUGACGUAGUGGGCGUUGCUCACCCACCGACAGGAAAGGAGGAAAUCAUCGACGAGGACUUGUGA